AGUGAAGGUUAAACGGUUGCCCACGAUUUUCACUGUCUGUUCGCCGUUCACUAUAAGUCGCUCAGCCCGGGAUUGUUGCCAAGAACCAGUGGGUGCCGUCCGAAUCUGCAAUUUUCGCCUUCCAAAUCUAGGCCUUCAAAGCUGCCAAAAAAAUCUGAUCGGACAUUCCAGUGUGAUUCCUACCCGCCUCGUGUUUCACCCACACAGCGAUUAGAAUCAUGCUUGUACAGACAUCCGAAUCAAAGGUCAACAUGCUUGCUGAAGAUGACUUCGGGAUUGUCUAUCUUAUAGAGAAUGCACAACAGUUUUGGUCAGAGCUUGACGAUGUCCUUCGAGUUCCGAGCGAUGGCUCUGCCACGUUAUCCAUGUUAGACACUGCACUCAGGAGGUUUGUGUCCCUCUGCGCCUCUUAUCACGAACAGUUCCUUCAAAGUCCCAUGCAGCUGGAACAUGCAUGCAAUCUUCUGCUUGACUCCGAAUUGUUCGUGUUUCACUCUGAACGGAUGUGCGAGUUGGUCAUCGAGGAUGUCAAGUCUAAAACAAAUCCUCACUCACAACUCAUUCUAUACAGCGUACUAUUGUUCCACGGUCGCCGUCAAUCGAACUUCAUUCGCUCCCAUAAGCAUUGGCAACCCCUAAUACCGCUUCUCAUGGAUCACGUUUUGGUGGAAAUAAACCUAGAUACAGAGGACAUCUAUCUUGGGGCAUCCUCCAUAUCAAAUGGUUCCGGUUCACGCUCCAGCUUGGUGGUUGGCCAUAUACCUAUAGAGGCAAAGUUAAGGGGUCUGGGCGUGAGGCUACUCUAUGAAGUGUGCCGGGUUCAGAAACUGUCUUUACAUGAUCUGAAUGUUUUCAACGAUCAGUUUCUCGAUAAUUUGUUUGAGCUUGUAGAGCAGACUCGAUUUAUGUCCGAUGAAACUCUGAAUUACUCCAUAAUCAAAUUGAUCGUUGCAUUGAAUGAGCAGUUCAUGGUAGCCUGUUUAAGCAAUAAUCAACAUUCUGGAGUCAAGGAGCCAGAAUUGCAAAAUCGAGUGCUCAACGUUCUUAUAUCUCGUCUCGGAUCUAGCAAGACUUUUGGUGAAAACAUGAUAUUCAUGCUCAAUCGUGCUUCGCGAUCCGCUGAAGACCUGUGUAUGCAACUUCUGGUGCUCAAGCUUCUUUACAUUCUUUUCACCAACAAAGCAACGUCAGAAUAUUUUUAUACAAACGAUCUACGUGUCCUUGUGGAUGUCUUCUUGCGCGAACUGGUCGACCUUGAUGAGGAGAGUGAAUCUCUUCGGCAUACCUAUCUUCGUGUUAUGCAUCCACUGCUCACAAAGACACAAAUGCGGGGUGUGCCAUAUAAACGUCCGCAGAUUGUUAUUGCCCUUGAAUCCCUUAUUCAAAAUGGAAAUAUCCGAGACAUCAACCCCACAACGAAACGUUUGGUUGAACGAUGUCUCGGAGGGGAGUGGUGUGUGCAGCUGCGAAGGACAUCACACGAUAAAGAUGCACUCAACCGCCAAGGAGAUUUUCGACACAACAGCCCAAGUCACGACAUCAUUGCGUCCACGACGCAAGAUACUGUGUCUUCUCGAGCACCAACUUCGCCGGACGUGGAGCAUGACCCUGCUUCCAAGGCGCUGAGCUCGAAGCUGAAGGUUAUAAAGCACCAUAGAAGUGUUGAAAGCAUACACGGACCUACAUCUCCGCGGCUACCCUCCCCAAGGUCGGUGAAAGCAGCAUACAUGCGUUCUAGCACAGACAGCACAACGAGUCUAGCGGCUGCAACCCCCACUGCAUCUAGACAACGAGAGAAAGCUAGUUCUGUUGACGAUGUCACUAGUACUGUCACACUCCAUCCAGAGAAGAGCGUUUUCGCGCAACAAUCCAGACCGUCUUCGUCUAGUUCUUUGAACAUUCCUCCGACUGCAUCUGUCAACCACAAGGUUCGAAGGCCGGCGCCUGCACCGCCCAAGAGAAGAAAGCCUCCUCCAGUGCCUGUCGGAACAACCAAUAGCGGCGCUACAAUCACAGCCAUCGCAACCUCUGCUUCUACUCCAGUCCUUGGUCAGUUAGGGAAGAGCAACAAGCUGGUGUGCCGCCAACUGUAGCUUAUAAAUCAUCGCAGGAGUUUCGGAACUCUGCUUUACACUAGCCGUUCUUUUCUCACUCGCAAGCAUUGUCUCGUGCAUUGAUCAUUCGCAUCUGGACCCUCCAUCUCAUAGCUAGGACACUCACAUUGGAUACAAAAUGUACAGCUUCCUCACAGCACUUAUUUAAACCCUUCGUUCAUCAUGUCCCAGGAUUUAUCUCAUUUGAUUGCGUUCUUGAAUUUAUUUCCUAAUUUUCUUGAUUUCUUACUCGCAUUUUCUUGUAAGCACAUUGGGGCCCAACAUCCUCAUUUCAGGAAGUGUUGUCCUGUCCAAUCUUCACUCAACUGCAG